AAUGAUGAUUCACUUGUCAAAAUCGAGAACAAAUCUAACAUUGAUUCAACCAUAACAUCAAUGUUGCAAUGCCAGCUGGGAAGGUAUCUACAUUCAGACUACAACACUUCAUAUUAUACUUCAUUAUAACCCUUUAUUCAAUGCUUCAGGCACCUUUGAGAUGAUUACACAACUUCCCUGCAUCUCGCCAGUAAAAACGCAGUGUAGAUAGCCAGUGAUUCAUUAUAAGAUACAGGCAGUGCUUCAGUGAGUGUUGUGAGCUCUGUCUAGGGUAGUAAUGGUCCUCCACAUCUAUUGGAUUACGGGAGGGAUUUCAUUCAGUAUUAAUCUGAGGGACAGCCGGCAGCGGGAGCAGUAAAGUCCAGCUGCUCUGCGUCUGCUGCUACUGACUCCACAUCCGUACUAUUGUUCAUCCCGGAGCUCCAGGAUGAAUCUCUUCUGCUUCUCUCUGGAGGGCUCCAUGGACAGCCUGUACGAGGCCGUGCAGGAAUCUGGUGAGACACAAGUCUACACCAUCCCCAGUAGAUCCAGCAGUCCAGCGGACCUCCUGGACCAGCGCAACACUCAGUGGAGGAGCGCAGAUGGACGUUCCAUAUCCAUGGAUAUCUCAAAAAUCAACUCCUCUACUUCCAAAAAGAAGAAACGAAGGCCACUCCCGAAAUCUGUUUCUGUAAAUGACGCUGUUGAUAAUACCCUCCACCCUAAUGCCUCCUGGCCCGCCUCCAAAACCCAGGACCAGGAUUCAGUUCACGUGAAGAACAAUCAGAACCAAGAGCAAAUCAGGACUGUGAGGCAAGCUGAAAUUCACACCAAGGACAUCAGACACCAGCAGAUCAACUCCACACAUACAGAAAAAGAGCUUCCUGUGCAGAUUGUGUACUAUGAUGGAUGGAGUCCACAACAGGACCGGCCCGACAGCAGGCAGCGUGACACGGUUGUAACUUCCCGUGCAGAAGCAGCAGAUGUGAAAGGAACCAACAAGCACCCAACGAAGGUGCAGAGAUCAGGGAAACAGGCGAGUCACAAGAGGGCAGAUGGGACUCGAACAGCAGCCAAAACAAAGGCAAAAUCCAAAAGCCCAGUGCCACCAGGGACUGUUGGAGGUGCAGGCCCACCACCUCGCUGCCAGGAGCACAGCACGUAUCCUAUGAGGCAGAAGGGAGGGGAGUCAGCGCCCUCUAACCCCCAGCGCUGGAGUAACCCAGCAGAUCCUGCCCAGGCCUGGGCACCAGCCUACCACACCUGCCGCCGACCAAUCACCGAAUACCACGGCCAUUCACACGACCUCAGCGUGCACAGCAUCCCAGGCAAAGACAUGACCAACAGCCAGACCAUCAACAGAGUCUGCUCUCCACGGAGAAUGGUCCAUUCCAUCACCAGUGUGGAUAUGUGCGGCACCAGUGCGAGUGGAAGCCUGCGCAGAGAUGAAAUUGCAUCCAGUCGAUCCACUAGUUUCGGAAAGUUUGACGGCUUCAGGCACAACCCCUCACCUGCCAAACCCGAGGAAAAUGGAACGACUGCGGCGGAGGGUGAAUCAGGGACAGAGCACAAUGACAAGCACAGUGGCUUGGGGAAGAAGAUGAAGGCCAUCUCACUGACUAUGCGCAUAAAGAUGGGCAAGAAACACUGCAAAUCCUUCACAGAGGACACGGGUGAUGACACAGACAGAGAAGCGGAGGCCAAAGCAGAGACCAGCAACCCAGCAACCAAAGCAUCCCACAGAACCAGCAAUUCAUUAGAAAGCCUCCAGAGUGGACAGAGCUCUUCCAGUGGAGUGACCAGCAGUUCAGACGUGUCCAGUAACAGGGACAGCCUGAGGCUGGAGGAGGAGGUGCCCUACGCCGGCCAGUUCUGCGGGCGAGCCAAGGUGCACACGGACUUUGUGCCAAGUCCAUACGACACGGACUCCCUUAAACUCAAGGUCGGGGACAUCAUCGACAUCAUAAGCAAACCCCCUAUGGGAAUAUGGACUGGCAUGCUGAACAAUAAAGUGGGAAAUUUCAAGUUUAUCUAUGUGGAUAUGCUGGUUGAGAAAGAAGAGGAGGCUCCUAAGAUUAGGCCUCAGAGACUGUCCAAACGGCCCCGACCCAAAACUCUGCUGGAGUUACUGGAGAGGCUGCACUUGGAGGCAUAUGCUUCUACACUGCUCCUGAACGGCUAUCAGACGGUGGAUGACCUGAAGCACUUGCAGGAGAGGCAUUUGAUUGAACUGAAUGUGACUGAUCCGGAGCACAGGCGCAGGCUGCUGGCUGCUUCAGAAGUCAUCUACGAUAUAGGCAGAGACGACCUGGUGGAGACGAAGGGCGAAGAGGAGGACGAAGAGGGCAACGACUGUCCCAGAGACUCGGGUUGCUUCAUCCCGGCAGAGUGUGCCGACAGCGGUAGAGAGGACACAGAAACCCACUCGCCCGCUGUCUAACGUCUGCUUCCUGUAAUAAAGAAAAAGCACACACGCACACAUUAUGUCGCAAUGAGAGUUGAGCAACAUGGUCAAACUACGUCUGGAAACUCAACCUCUAGUUGUUAUAUGUGUAGAUUUUUUAUUUUGUCAUAAAGGCCGAGCUACUGUAUAUUCCAAAAUACAUAUAUAAAUCUCUAAAUCAAGUUCAAAAUGUCCAGAUAUGUCCGAAUAUCUGCUUUCUCACAUAUUUAUUCUCUUCUCUUUCUUACUUUCUUUCUUUCUUUCUUCACAACAAUACACAUUUUGGUACCACUUUAAAAUAAGACUACCUUUAUAAAGGGUUUAUAAAUGGUUUAUAAUUAGUUUAUUAAUGGAUACUAAUUAGGUUGUAAAUCCCUUAAAAAUCAUUGAUAACACAUACAUACGUAUAUACAUAUGUAAAUAGUGAACUCACAGCCAUCUAUAUUGUUGCCCUUUCUACAUACGUGUUAUAACCAGAGGUGGAAAAAGUACAGAAAAAUUGUAAUUAAGUAAAAGUACCUUUACUUUGCUAAAAUUCUACUCAGGUAAAAGUAAAAGUACCCAUCUAAAAAUCUACUCGAGUAAAAGUAAAAAUGUACUCAAUUUAAAAUAUACUUUGAGUAAAAGUUACAUAGUUACUUUUAAUUAUUUGAUGUAAAAAAAAAAGUAAAACAAAUCACAAGUUAAAUAGUUUUUAAUGAACUAUUAUUUCACAUAAUAAUUUGGACCUUUCAGGCAGCAUUUGUUCAGACCACCCCAUAAAACAAGAGGCAUAGGUUUCUAUGAUCCAUUAUUUUUAAUACAGUUUAAAAAUACAGUUUAUAGUCACCUAUAUGACCAUAACUUUUGUUAUGGUCAUAUAGGUGACUAUAAACUGUAUUUUUACAGUUUUACAGUUAAUGGUUAUAUUUUAACUUGCAAUUGCUAUGCUUUAACUGCUAUUUACAUGUUUUUUUUUUUACAUUUAAGCAGAUUGUUUAAUGAUAAAAAUACUUACAACCACAUGUUUUCUCAGGUUCAAUAUGGAAGUUUUGAAAGCUGAAAGCUCUGUUCGGCGGGGCACAUUUUGUAUUGCAUGGGGACGGGAGUUUUCCAAUGUAGCAAAGUAGAUUACUUAUGUCAAAAUGUACUUGAGUAAAAGUAAAAUUACUUAUUUUAAACACUACUUAAAAAAUUACAAAUUACUCAUAAAAUCUACUCAAUUACAGUAACUUGAGAAAAUGUAAUUCAUUACUUUCUGGUUAUAACUGAGUAUUAAUGAUUUUUAAGGCAUUCACAACCUAAUUAGUAACCAUUGAUAAACUAAUUAUAAACCAUUUAUAAACCCUUUAUAAAGGUAGUCUUAUUUUAAAGUGGUACCCACAUUUUGUGUAUUAAGUGAGUAUUUGAGUGUUUGUGUGUAAAUGGAUUUCCUCAGUAAACUGCUAAUUACUAUAUUCCUACUGUACAUGUAUAUACCUCCUUAUGUAACAUUUAAUAAAUUAUUUAUCUUUGA